ACUGAUCAGACAAGUCAAGUCAUAAAUUCCUAAAAUAAAAAGAUUUCUGAAGGAAACGGACCAUCCUUUAUGAGUUGUAGAAUAUUUCGUGAAAAUAGAGGUUAAACCACCAUCGCUCGUAUAGUGGCGUAAAACAUGUUUGAUUAGUUUACUGCUUAGUAAUUUUAUGUUGAUUCUUUGUUUCUUUGUGUAAUUACCACGUACUGUGUCGAGACAGCGAGCACAGAUAAAAUGGCGACUGAUCAAGCGAAAAACCGCAUGCAUGUGUUCAAGAAUGCAGGCAAAGAUGUCGAUGAAAUGCGCAGGCGAAGGAAUGAAGUCACAGUCGAGUUAAGAAAAAACAAAAGAGAGGAAACACUUCAGAAACGGCGUAAUGUGCCCAUUAGCUAUUCUACCGAUGAGGAGGAGAUCGACAAGAACCUCGCUACCACCGACCUUGAUGAGCUGGUGAUGAACGCUGCCAACGCAGAAAACCCUGAAGCACAGUUGGCUGCUGUGCAACAAUGCAGAAAACUGCUCUCGUGUGAUAAAAACCCGCCUAUUGAUGAGCUCAUAGCUGCUGGAAUACUCCCCAUCCUAGUUCAGUGCCUUUCGAGGGCUGACAAUCCAGCGUUACAGUUCGAGACCGCUUGGGCUUUAACAAACAUAGCUUCCGGAACGUCUGCACAAACAAACAAAGUAGUCCAUGCCGGUGCAGUACCUGUAUUCCUUCAGCUCUUGAUGUCACCUCAUGAAAACGUAUGUGAUCAGGCAGUAUGGGCCCUCGGUAACAUAAUCGGCGACGGUCCAGUCCUUCGAGACUUUGUGAUAGAACUAGGAGUUGUCAAACCACUACUGAGCUUAAUCAAAUCAGACAUACCAAUCCCAUUCCUCAGGAAUGUAACAUGGGUGAUUGUCAACCUCUGCAGGAGUAAAGAUCCACCACCACCUCUGAAAACCAUCCAGGAGAUACUGCCUGCCCUAAAUGUUCUAAUCCUACACAACGACAGUAGUGUUCUUGUUGAUACUGUUUGGGCCAUUAGUUAUCUAACAGAUGGGGGCAAUGAACAAAUCCAAAUGGUGAUAGAAUCUGGUAUAGUAACAACCUUGAUUCCGUUGUUGUCGCACAAGGAAGUGAAAGUACAGACGGCCGCCCUAAGAGCAGUUGGUAACAUUGUCACAGGAACAGACGAACAAACUCAAGUUGUCCUGAACUGCGAUGCUCUCUCACACUUCCCGGCUUUACUGACUCAUCCGAAAGAGAAGAUAUGCAAAGAGGCAGUAUGGUUUCUGUCAAACAUCACGGCAGGUAAUAAACAACAAGUUCAGGCUGUUAUUGAUGCUGGUCUCCUGCCCAUGAUUGUGGCCAACCUUAGCAAAGGAGAGUUUCAAACCCAGAAGGAAGCUGCUUGGGCCGUUUCCAACCUCAGCAUCAGUGGCACGAGGGACCAAGUUGCUGCACUUAUCAAUUGUGGAGUUAUACCGCCAUUCUGUAAUCUACUCAGUUGCAAGGAUACCCAAGUUAUUAAUGUUGUACUAGAUGGUCUCAGUAACAUGCUGAAGAUGGCUGGUGACAAUGCCGAACAAGUUGCUAACAUGAUUGAGGAGUGUGGUGGUAUUGACAAGAUUGAAGAUUUGCAGACCCAUGAGAAGAUGGAAAUUUACAAGAUGGCUUAUGAUAUCAUAGAACAGUACUUUGCGGGAGAGGAGGAGGACGCGUCGCUGGUGCCGGCGGCGGGCGAGGCGGCCUUCCAGUUCGACGGCGGCGCCGCCGACAAGGAGCCGCCGCCCUUCCGCUUCUAGCUCGGCGCCGACCCCACGCCCACCCCGCGCUGACCCCACGCUGACCCCACGCUCACCCCACGCUCGCCGCUCCAGACACAAGACUUCGGAUAAACACUUCUUCAACAGCCUCACCGAACACGGGUCCGUUGGUUGUUUACAACAAAUGUACGGCUAGUUUUACGUAAAUUAUUUUUACAUUUAACGUUAAUAUGAAAUUUUUUGCCUAGACUGAAAGUAACAACUUUCUGUAAAGUAUUUUUUUAGAAAGAGUGGUUAUCCGACCUUUUGGCUCUGGCGUCGUGGAUGAUGUUCUGGGCACGAGCCGUCGGUCCGGCCGACCUCGAACUGUCUCUGUAACGUUUGUUUACAAAUCGACUAUGUAUGUAUAUGCCUGUUGGUGAACACUAUUUUUAUUGGCUUUCUUGUUGUAAAUGAAAAAAUAAAAAUGAUUAUUGUAAAACGAUGCUGUGACUAACCUGACUAAACGCAUGUUUGAGUCGUUCAUUUUUAAUGCUAUUAAGUAGUAAUAAGAAUUUUUCAAUAAAGUGAUUCUAUUUAGA